UUUUUGGGUUUGCACCGUAGAGGCGAUGAUGUCAUUGUAAAAAACGAAGGAAACUCUGCGUUUAGAAGGAGCACAUACUGAGAUUGAGGGAAGGACUAGAUUUGAGAUCACGUUUGCACAAACCCUCAGGACAGUCUGGAUGCGUGUGGAGUAACACAUUGUCCGGGGUGAAGCCCCUGUAUCACUGAAAAGAGAUCAAUCUGCUUGCAAGAUAAUUGUGACCAUGGAGGAUUACGAUUACCUCUUCAAAAUAGUGCUAAUAGGAAAUGCAGGAGUGGGCAAAACCUGCCUCGUCCGGCGCUUCACUCAGGGUCUAUUCCCUCCUGGUCAAGGUGCCACGAUUGGGGUUGAUUUCAUGAUUAAAACUGUGGAAAUAAAAGGGGUGAAAGUAAAGCUUCAGAUCUGGGACACAGCGGGGCAGGAGAGAUUUCGCUCCAUCACACAGAGUUACUACCGUAGUGCCAAUGCACUCAUCCUCACCUAUGACAUCACCUGUGAGGACUCGUUCCGUUGCCUCCCAGAGUGGCUGCGGGAGAUCGAGCAGUAUGCCAACAAUCAAGUGGUGACCAUCUUAGUAGGAAAUAAGAUCGACCUGGCUGAAAAGCGAGAGGUCCACAGACAGAGAGCGGAGGAAUUUGCUGAGGCCCAGAGCAUGCUCUACUUGGAGACGUCCGCCAAAGAAUCUGACAACGUGGAAAAACUCUUCCUGGAUUUGGCCUGCGUACUGAUCCGUGAAGCCAAGCAAAACACGUUGGACAACAACGAGUCUGCGCCUAUGCCUGGAGAAGGCAAGAACAUCAACUACCUAAGCUGCUGCAACAUUAACUAGGGAUCUUGGCUGCUAAUCUGGCAGUGGGUACUUUCCUACCCAAUGGAGUGCAAAAUUUAUGGUGAUUUUUGACGUCUCAUGAGUAGAUUCCUCGUUGUCACCACUAUUGAGGUCUUGGAUGCUUUUCGACCCAUAUGUUAAACUGGGUUUUUUUUAAAAGCUGCUGACUGUACCACUAGAAAAUCAAGAGGAGACGUAUGCUGCCACCACUGAGGAGAACCUAAGCUCUAUGGUACCAGCUAGCUGGUAUAUUUACAGGCCAGACAAUGAGUUUUCUAUAAUUCAAUACAACACAUAAAGAUGCGUAGGCCAAUUUGCCUACUAUAUAAAUAAUAUGAUCAAAAACAUACAUCUUCACCAGCAGCAGUCUUGCUGUUUAAAUUGAAAAAGCGUCCAUCACACAAAAUAAGAUAUGAAAAAUUACAUUAUGUCCCAAAUUCAAGUUUAAAAUGCACUUCCACAAAGUUACUGGUAAGAAUUUAAAUGUAGGAAAAUUAUUGUGUGGCUGAACAUUUUAGAAAGUCUUAGAGAGUCUUAAACGAUAGGGAGAGAAGUUUAUUAUAGAUUAUGUGAUGUUUUUCCAUAAGGGAAUUACCUAAUUAUUCACUUAGAAACAUAAUCUCUUUUGUUUAUUUUUCAUCUUUUUUUAAUCUUGAGUGAAUUCUAUAAAGACAGUUGCACAGUUAAAAUGGCAUCUCCAAUACAUUUUAGCAGACAUCAAGUAAAUGUUAUUGUCACAUGUAAGCAAGACAUUGUUUAACUUUCUGCUUCAGGUUGAUUCCAAUACAAUGCAUAUUACAAAUAUGCUUUUGCAAUGCACAACUGUAAACAGUGAAUGAGGACAUAUAACUCAUUCACACACACACACACACACACACACACACACACACCCCUCCACUCACCCACCCAUACUUUGCAGUCCGUAUAUAAUUAGGCAGUAAUAGAAUUUACUUUUAAAAAUGUUUAGCUCUAUACUACAGUACUUUGGAUAUGAAAUGAAACACUACUGUUAACACUACUGUUCCUAUUCCUUCCCAUUAGCUGUGUGCUAUUGUAUUGUUCGUUUAUAGACAAGAAUAUUCUUUCUGGUUUGUUAAGGUUCUAGAUGUGGUCAAAACAUCUGGAGUUGUUUCUCUGGGAACACAAAAAUGAAAAAAGUCACCAUAGUUCAGAAAAUCAGUGACAGCAAAACAUAAGGUGUAUUUAAACUGUUUUGUACUAUAUCUGGUGGGAAAGCAAGUUGGGUGGGACGGUUUUAAAAUGGUAGGCAUCAUGUAUGAAACAUGGUGGUGGUAGUGGAACGGCUGGUUGGUAGAACUGUCCAGUAUUGAAGAUGUGAUUGGCAAUGGCAACAUUUGCCUACUCAGAUCCAAACAAAUUACAGAACGCUGUUAGACAGUCCCACCACCUGCAGCAGGACAAUGACUGCAAAACUACUGUUAAUGCAAAUAUUAACCUUUUCUGGGCCAGAAAGUGAAAUAUCAGUUAACAACUCAGCUUUAAAUUAUAUUUCCCUUCCAGUAAAUCCCAUUCAGAAAGUAGGAAGUGAAAUGGCUGUAGUACAGGCCUAGCAGAGCAUCACUAGGAAACAAGAAGACGCUAUUUAUAUUUAAUACUGAUGCUUUGUCUGCUUUUCUUCUUCCUUGCAGACUUCAGUCAGUCAUUGAAGUGACAAUUUAAGUGACAGUUCUAUUUAUCAUGGUGAUUUGCCCAACGUAUUGUUUAACUU